AAUCUGUCAAAACAUCCUAAAUUCUUAACCUAGUAAAUAAAACUGUAAUAUUUAUAUUGACAUUGUCCGGAGUAAAUAAAUAAACAAAACAAUAAUAAUAAACAAUAAAUAAUUAAAUAAUGUAUUUAAUUAUAAAAAAAGCCGUUAAUUUAUUUACAAAUUAAUUGUUGUAACUAAAUCAAAGUGACAUAAAAAAAUAAACAACAAACCAAACAAACAAUGCCAAACUCAAAUAAAUUAACAAUAAUAGCAUCAUUAUUAAUAAUAAUUUUUACAAAUUCAGUAACAAGUAAUUAUGAUGAUUCAUUUAACGAAGAAUUAUUUAUAAAACCAUUACCAUCUGGUCAUGUAUCAGCCCACUUUCAAUUCACAACAAUUUGGAAUAUUCCAAAAGAAACAAAAUACCUUGAACAUUCACAUUUAUUUCCUCGUGGUCUUGCUGUCAUUAUUGACAGGCAUAAUAUUGACGAGUUACACAUAAGUUUAACAGAAGGUCUUUGGCGUUAUAAAACAUGGGGUUAUCCAGUUGUUGAUGCUGGUCCAGGUACUGAAAUUUAUGCUUGGUUCAAUGAAAAUGUUAAAAAUGUUGAUCAAGAAUGGAAAGGUUUAACAAAUGCCCUAUCUGGUUUAUUAUGUGCAUCAUUAAAUUUUGUUGAUUCAGCAAAUAGCAUGUCACCAGCUUUUAGUUUUCGUCCACUUGGUGUUAAUUCAAAACCUUAUAAUACAAGUCAACUACGUUAUUCAUCAUUACCACGUGAAAUAGUAUGUACUGAAAAUUUAACACCAUUUAAAAAAUUAUUACCAUGUGAUUCUAAAAAAGGUUUAUCAACAUUACUCAACUCAGCAUAUAUACAUAAUACAAAUUAUCAUUCAGUUGGUAUACAUGUACGUUUGAUAUGUGCUAAUUCAGCAUGUACAAAAACAUCAAUUGAACUUAAACAAACAAUAACACUUGUUUAUGAUAACAUGAUUGACUAUAAUCAAGAUUGGUCAAUUAGAAAAUUAUUUGGCAUGGGUUUACAAGGUUCAUGUCCAUUAGCAACAUUGAGUAAUAUUUAUAUUGAUACAUCAACAAAUAAUACUGUUCAUAUUUAUCAAUUAACACCAAAACCUGGUGAUGUUAUUGUUAGUUUAAGAGGUGGACAACGUCAUGAAAUUGCUGUUUAUGAUGUUAAAAAAUUUACAAAGAAUGGAUUAUUUAGUAUAACUGCUGUUCAUAGUAAAUCAAGAACUACAUCAAUUAAUUAUCCAGCUAUAUUAUCAGCAAAUAGAUAUGUUGUUGGAUUUGGACAGGAGAAAGGUAGUUUAGUAACUAAACUUUAUAAUAAUCAUUGGCAAGCAAUUGAUGUUGUUUUAUUGGAAAAUAUACCAUGGUAUUUAUCAGUGUAUUUACAUACAAUUAAAAUAACAAGAAAUGAAGAAAAUAUUGAGCCAUUGGUUGUUAAAUAUUCUCCUGGAAAAGAAAGACUCCAGCCGUAUUAUCUUGAAUUGAUUAUUCGUUUACCAGCACAUUCUGUUACAAAAUUUUCAAUUGAAAUGGAUUAUUUAUUUUUAAAAUGGCAAGAAUAUCCACCUGAUGCUAAUCAUGGAUUUUACAUGGGUCCAGCAAUUAUAACUGCAUAUCUUCCAAUUGCUAGAAAUUAUACUGGACUACCAAUUGAUGGAAGCACCAUAACAUCCAGUUUUAAUGCAUCAAGACCUGGUUACUUGGUUCAAUUGAGAACUGAAACAAUUUUAAUAAGUCUUCCAACACCUGAUUUUAGUAUGCCAUAUAAUGUUAUUUGUCUGGCAUGUACAGCUGUUGCAUUGGCAUUUGGUCCACUUCAUAAUAUUUCAACGAAAAGAUUAGUUUUAAAAAUUAUUAAAACUGACUGGAAAGGAAAAAUUAUUUUAGCUAUUAAAGCUAAAUUAUUUGGUGAUAAAACAAAACAAGAUUAAGUCUAAAUAAUUCAUAUUACAAAAGGUGCUUAUCUUCAUUAGUAUUUUUUUUUUUAUCAGUGAGUGUUUUGUAAUGUUUGAUUAAGACAACGUUCAACUAGUUCAAAUUAAUUUAAACAAAAAAAAAAAAACAGCAGUGUUUGUUUUAUUCUCAAUAUCAUCAGUUUAAAGAUUAAAAUUUGUUUUUUUUUCUAUCUACAUUUUUCAAGGACAGUUUAAUUAUAAUUCCACCAACAUUAUAAUUUAUAAAAUCAUUGAAAUUUAUUGUCAAUAAAAGAAGAACAAAU